ACGUAGCCAAAAUUGAACUUCGCUCUUUCUCAACCAGUUUCAGUGACCAUCUCUCAUGUGAUCCCGUUUCGCUUCGACUCACUGAGUCAUGAGGUGCCGAUCCGUAGCUUGCAUAUGGUCGGACACGGUUCCAUCUCACCAAGUCACGGCAACCGCCGUGCUGAAUCAUCCUCCGACACUCUACACCGGCGGAUCUGAUGGCUCCAUCAUCUGGUGGAGCCUCUCCUCCGACGAUUCCAAUCCGGAGUUUAAACCAACAGCUAUGUUGUGUGGUCAUGCUGCACCAAUAGCAGAACUUGACAUUUGCAAUCCUGUUGUAGUUUCGGGAAAUGCUGGCCAUAAAUAUUUGUCGAAUAAUUCAACAGCCAAUUCUAGUAGUGAUACUUAUGGUGGUGGUGCCUUAAUCAGUGCAUGUUCUGAUGGUGUAUUGUGCGUUUGGAGCAGAGGUAGUGGACAUUGCAGGCGGAGAAGGAAGUUGCCUCCUUGGGUGGGAAGUCCAUCCAUAGUGAGGACAUUGGACUCUAAGCCGCAGUAUGUAUGUAUUUCCUGCUGUUUCACUGAUGCGGUCCAUUUGUUGGAUCAUAACUCUGUUGAUUCUGCUGGGUUGGGGGAUGUUUCAGCGGAUAGUGAGUCUCAGAAUAAGAAAGGCCCUAAGUGUACUGUGGUUAUUGUUGAUACAUAUACUCUUACCAUUGUGCAAACUGUUUUUCAUGGGAAUUUAUCCAUUGGGUCGUUGAAAUUUAUGGCUGUAGUUUCAUUAAACAAGGAAGAGGAAAAGCACUCUGUGCUAUUGUCUGAUUCAUUUGGCCGACUGCAGAUGUUGCCAAUAGAAAAGGACCUUCAAGAAGAGAAAGAGCGUGAUGCUGGUUUGCCAAAGAGUUCUUCUCAACUGGAAAUGAAUGUUUGGGCAGAUGGGAUAAGUGAAGGGGGACUGAUCAUGUCGAUGAAAAUUUGUAGGAACAUUAUUGCUUUUGUUCUAAAAAGUCAAUGCAUAUUUAAACUAUUGGACAGAGGUACUACAAUUGGAGAGAUCUCUUUUAUUGACAAUUUCCUUUGUGAAGAUGGUGAUUCUACAUCGCAUAUUGCAGGAUGUAUGUUUCUGAAAAGGGAAGAUGAUAACAAUAUGUUGAAUAUUGAAGAACCCUAUGAAAUAUAUGAAAAGGAGUUUGCUGUUUGGAAUAAUAGAGGUGGUUCGAUAGUGUACUUGAUUACAUAUUUAAAAGAUGUCUUUACAUUUAAGCCUCUCUAUGAGAUACCAUUCACUUCUCGUUCCCAAGAUAUGAAACUAUCAACUUCCUUCAUUCAAUUGAACCAUUAUAUUCUUCGCAUUGAAUCAGUUGGUGUUAAUGCUGAAGAACCUUUACAUUGGAAACCGUAUGUUACAAUAUAUUCACCAUGUCGAAAGCAUGAUGAGAAUGGAAAUAUGUCCUUUAGUUUUAGAAUUCAUGGACAAGGUUCUUCUUUUAUUGAUUGGACUAGGUCUUCUAAUUCAAUUUGUGAGACCGAGGAUUCUAAUGGAAUUGAGACUGAACUAGACUCUAGGCAAUAUGCUGUUCAAAGCAGAAAAAAGGUAAACAAUACAGAUUUAGAAGAGGGUAGUCAUAAUGCUGCUAGUAAGCAACAUGUUGUGUCUUCUUCCAUGGUUAUUGCUGAGACAUCCUUUGCUCCUUAUGCUAUUGUAUACGGAUUUGUUAGUGGAAAAAUACAAGUUGUGCGAUUUGAUUUGCUUGAUGGGCUAGAUUUUCAUGGUGGGAGUCCACAUCAUGCAGUUACUUCCCAUUUGUCCAGACAAAACUUUUAUGGGCACACUGGUGCUGUACUAUGUUUGGCUGCUCAUCAUAUGAUUGGUGAUGUCAAAGGAUCAAGUUUCAAUAAGGUUUUAGUGUCUGGAAGUAUGGAUUGCACAGUUCGCAUAUGGGAUCUUGACACUGGAAAUGUCAUUUCCAUAAUGCAUCAUCAUGUGGCUCCAGUGCGCCAAAUAAUUCUUCCCUCAAUUAACACCGAGUAUCCUUGGAGUAAUUGCUUUCUCUCAGUUGGGGAAGACUUAUGUGUUGCUCUUGUUUCUUUUCAGACAUUGAGAGUGGAGAGAAUGUUUCCUGGACAUCCCAACUAUCCUGCAAAAGUUGUAUGGGAUGGUGCAAGAGGUUAUAUUGCAUGUCUGACCCCAAAUAAUUUUGGAACUUCUGAUGCCAAUGACAUUUUAUAUCUCUGGGAUGUAAAGACGGGUGCUCGAGAGCGGGUCAUUCAUGGGACAGCAUCACACUCAGCGUUUGAAUAUUUUUGUAAGGGUAUAAGCAAGGGUAUUGCUGGCACCAUACUUAAUGAAAAUACCUCAGUUUCCUCCUUACUUCUUCCAAUAAUUGAAGAUGGAAGCUCUUCCAACCCUCAUUUGAAUAAGCUAGAAACAUUGGUGGCUUCACCUAAAAGUAUAGUUGAGCGGAAUACUUCUCGAGCACAUGCUGGUAAAGGACGUGCUGGAAAAAGCAAACCAUUUAUUAUUCACAGUAACAAGUAUGCUGUAAAUUGCUCUUGUCCUUUCCCUGGAAUUGCGACUCUAAGUUUUGACCUUGCAUCAUUAAUGUUUAAUUAUCAGAAGCAUGACUCCAUAAAAAAUGGAAACGGAACGCCCAAGAAUAACAAGGUGAGGGAGCAAGUAGCUGAGACAUCAAGUCCUCACCAUAUAAGUUCGAAACAUGGUUCUGACACAGAUGAAACAUCAAAUGAUGUUACAAAUGAGCUUGAUUGGACUAGGUCACUUGAAGAAUGCUUAGUUCGAUUUAGCUUGUCAUUUUUGCACUUGUGGGAUGUGGAUCCUAAGCUUGAUUAUUUGCUUCUUACCGACAUGAAGCUGGAGAGACCAGAUAAAUUUAUUGUGGCUUCUGGUUUACAAGGUGACAGGGGAUCUUUAACAUUGACAUUUCCUGAUCUGAGUGCAGUUUUUGAGCUUUGGAAAUCAUCUUCUGAGUUUUGUGCAAUGAGGUCCUUGACAAUGGUAUCUCUCGCCCAACGAUUGAUAAGCUUGUCACAUUCCACUUCAUCUGCCAGCAGUGCUUUAGCAGCAUUCUACACUAGAAGUUUUGCUGACAAAUUUCCAGAUAUAAAGCCACCCUUACUUCAGCUUUUGGUGAGUUUCUGGCAAGAUGAAAGUGAGCACGUACGUAUGGCUGCACGUACUUUAUUCCACUGCGCUGCUUCACGGGCAAUUCCACUUCCCUUAUGCAGUCCGAAGGCAACUAAUCGUGCAAAAAUGAAUGGUCUAACAAAUCCUAGAGAAGAUGGAAAUUCAAAUGUACAAGCAGAAGAAACACCUGAUAAUAAAUUGUGUACAGACCAAGUGAUGGACACACAGGCGAUAAGUGAGGCAGAGCAAUCUAACAUAUUGGCAUGGCUAGAAUCGUUUGAAAUGCAGGAUUGGAUUUCUUGUGUUGGGGGAACAAGCCAAGAUGCAAUGACGUCUCAUAUUAUUGUAGCAGCAGCAUUGGCUAUUUGGUAUCCAAGUCUUGUAAAGCCUUGUCUUGCCAAGCUGGUGGUUCAUCCACUAAUGAAGCUGGUGAUGGCCAUGAAUGACAAAUACAGCUGCACAGCAGCUGAGCUCCUUGCUGAAGGUAUGGAGAGCACAUGGCAACCCUGCAUUAGUUCUGAAAUACCUCGGUUGAUUGGAGAUAUUUUCUUCCAGAUAGAAUGUGUGAGCGGUCCAUCAGCUAGCUUAGCUGCACAAAAGUCAGCUUUACCAAAUGCCAUCCGUGAGACUUUGGUUGGGAUUCUCCUUCCUAGUUUGGCUAUGGCUGAUGUACCAGCUUACUUAAGUGUUAUAGAAAGUCAAAUUUGGUCGACUGCAUCUGAUUCUUCAGUUCAUCUAGUAUCUCUCAUGACCCUCAUCAGGGUUAUGCGUAGUUCUCCAAGAAAACUAGCUCAACACCUUGAUAAGGUUGUUAACUUUAUUUUACAAACCAUGGACCCUAGUAAUUCAGUUAUGCGUAAAACUUGCAUUCAAAGUUCAAUGACUGCACUAAAGGAAGUUGUGCAUGCAUUCCCCAUGGUGGCUAUAAAUGACACAUGGACCAGAUUGGCUGUAGGUGAUGUUAUUGGAGAGAUCAAAAGUGCUAGCAUUCGUGUCUAUGACUUGCAGAGUGUCAUGAAGAUAAAGGUUCUAGAUGCAAGUGGACCUCCUGGACUUCCAACUUUGCUUGCAGCAGCAGGGGGAUCAGAAACAGUUGUAGCCACUGCCAUUUCAGCCUUGAGUUUUUCGCCUGAUGGAGAGGGACUGGUGGCUUUUUCUGAACAUGGAUUGAUGAUCAGAUGGUGGUCUCUGGGAUCAGUUUGGUGGGAGAAACUGAGUUGGAACCUAGUCCCCGUCCAGUGUACCAAAUUGAUCUUUGUCCCACCGUGGGAGGGAUUCUCACCUAAUUCUUCUAGGUCAAGCAUAAUGGCAAGCGUAAUGGGACAUGACAGACAAGUAGAUUUUCAGGACGAUCCAAAGGUUUCAAGUCAUCCGGAUAAUUUGAAACUGUUGAUUCAUAAUGUCGACCUUUCUUACCGGUUACAAUGGGUUGGCGAACGGAAAGUACUUCUUACAAGGCAUGGUCAAGAGUUGGGCACUUUUCAGCUUUAAGCAUCCAGCAGUGGAGAGAAUGACAAAUGAAAUGGGGGUUGGUGACAUCGAGUCCUUUUUACGAAGCACGGUCACGAUGAGUUGGAAUCGUAUGCAUCCGGUGGUGAAGAAAACAGGUGAAUAUUUUUUUCAUGACUCUUUGUGGGAGCAAAACAAACAAGAAAACGUUUCUUGCAGGCAGAAUAAAAUCUGUGAGGAUGUGUGUACUUAGAUAGCAGUAGCACUUCAUGCCUGCAAUUUUGGUUUUUCUCAGGCUAUAUAUGUAUAUUUACACCAUUCAUUCUUCUUUCUCAUGUCAAAGAUGAGGUCGAUGGUAGCAUUAGUUAAUUCAACACAAAUCGAAUGUAUUCAUCUGGUUUGGAAGAGUUAGUGAGGGUUUAUUCAAGCACAAUUAUUUUUGGCCCUGGGCUUUAUACAUGUACAGAUUGCUAAAGUAAUGAAGUUGCAUAUAAUGUUUGAUGAGGCU